AGAGAAGCUUUAUAUAAACUGCUGCUGCUUGGCAGUGAUGGGUGGGCGGAUCGCUACGACGUGACGGACGGCCUGAACCGUGAAGCAGCCGGAGGAAUCACCGUCAAGCUGCAGUCAGCAGACGUCAAAUGGUUUGAUGAGUACUACUUGAAGUUGCGUCCGGAGACUAAUCUGCGUAACCCCUGGUUCCCGGAGUUUUGGCAGCAUCGCUUCCAUUGCAGACUGAAGGACCACCCGCAAGAGAACCUCCGAUACAACCGGACAUGUAGCAAGCGAGACUCGUUGCGUCAGCAGUAUGCUCAGGACACUAAGAUGGGCUUCGUCAUCAACGCCAUCUACUCCAUGGCCUACGGACUGGACGCCAUGCAGAGAGCUCUGUGUCCUGGGCAGCUGGGCUUGUGCUCCCAGAUGCGGCCAGUAGAUGGCGCCACCCUGCUGGAGUACUUGAUGAAGACCAACUUCACUGGAGUAUCAGGAGAAGAAAUACUCUUCGACCAGAACGGAGACUCACCUGGCAGGUAUGAGAUUAUGAACUUUAAGAAGAUGGGGAAGGACUACUACGACUACAUCAACGUAGGCAGCUGGGACUCGACGGGCCUCAAGAUGGACGACGAGGAGAUUUGGCCCAGCGGAGACGCCGUCAUGAGGUCCGUAUGCAGCGAACCCUGCGAGAAGGCACAGAUCAAGGUGAUCCGUAAAGGAGAGGUGAGCUGCUGUUGGACCUGCACUCCCUGUAAAGAGAACGAGUUCGUAUUCGACGAGUACACAUGCAGAGCCUGCCAGCUAGGGUACUGGCCAACACACGACCUCACAGACUGUGCUGCAAUCCCCGUAGCGUAUCUCCAUUGGGGGGAUCCUGAGCCGGUGGCGGCGGUCGUCUUCUCCUGCCUCGGUCUCCUAGCAACGCUCCUGGUGACGGGCAUCUUCGUGCGUUACCGUGACACCCCGGUGGUCAAGUCGUCGUCACGGGAACUGUGUUUCAUCAUCCUGACCGGCAUCGCCCUCGGAUACCUCUGCACCUUCGCCCUCAUGGCACGCCCACGCACCCACCUGUGCUACCUACAGCGUUUGGGCGUCGGCUUGUCUCCCGCCAUCUGCUACUCCGCCCUCGUGACGAAGACCAAUCGAAUCGCUCGAAUCCUGGCCGGCAGCAAGAAGAAGAUCUGCACCAGGAAGCCUCGCUUCAUGAGUUCCUGUGCUCAGCUCGUGAUCGCCGCCCUGUUGAUCGCGUUGCAGAUUGCGCUCAUCGUCACGCUGUUUAUCUGGGAGCCACCUGCAGUCAUACACGACUACCCCUCAAUACGACAGGUGCGUCUGAUCUGCAAUACCUCUAACUGGGGCGUGGUGGCGCCACUGGGCUACAACGGCCUGCUGAUCCUCAGUUGCACCUUCUACGCCUUCAAGACGCGCAACGUUCCGGCCAACUUCAACGAGGCCAAGUAUGUUGCCUUCACUAUGUACACCACCUGCAUCAUCUGGCUGGCCUUCGUGCCCAUCUACUUUGGCUCCGACUACAAGAUCGUCACCACCUGCUUUAGCGUUAGCCUCAGCGCUACCGUGGCGCUAUGCUGCAUGUUUGUACCCAAGGUCUACAUCAUCAUUGCCAAGCCGGAGCGUAAUGUGCGGAGCGCCUUCACGACCUCCACGGCGGUGCGCAUGCACGUGGGCCAGAGCAACACCCACUCAUACUCACACACACACUCCUCGGCCGCCAACACCAACACACACUCCUCCUCCGCAUCGCGCUCCGGAAGCCUCCUGAACCUCUGGAAGAGGCGGGGCUCCUCUGGAGACAACCUCAGCUCCAACGGCAAGUCCUGGGUGUCUUCGGAGCGCGGGGGCUCCGGUUCCCGUGGCAACCAGCUGUGGCAGCGCCUGUCGUUCCACAUCAAGAGGAAGGAGGGAGCCAAUCAGACGGCUGUCAUCAAGCCCUUCUCCAAGAGCCCCACCCCCAUUGGCCCAGAUCAUCCCGAUAAUCCCGCCCCCUCGGACAACACAGACACGCCCCCCAAGAUGCUCUGCCAGGUCGCCGCGGACGACCAGAGAGAGUCAAGGGGAGGGAUGAAUGAAGGAAGACUGUCUCUGGUUGGUGGAGAGCUGGUGGGAGGAGGGCCUAACGAUGGGAGGCGGUCUGUGAUAGGUGUAGGAGAGUCAAGGGGAGGGGCUAAUGUGUCCCAGUCCCAAGGGGUGUGUCUCCGAGGGGUUCCGAGCUGCGGUAUUGGUGGAGGCAGCGUAAUAGGCGGGACUAAUGAAGGAAGACUCUCUUUGAUUGGUGGAGAGGUGAGAGCGAGCGAGGGAAGGAGGUCUGUGAUAGGUCUAGGAGACGUGAUGGGAGGGACGAAUGAAGGACGGCUGUCUCUGAUUGGAGCAGAGGUGAGAGCGAGCGAGGGGAGGCGGUCUUUCAUUGGUGUAGAGGAGAUCAGAGGAGGCGGGACUAGUGAUGGGAGGAGGUCUGUCAUUGGUGCAGAUGUGAGGACCAGCGAGGGAAGGAGGUCUCUGAUUGGAGCAGAGCUGAUGAUGGGAGGGGCUAACGAGGGGAGGCGGUCUGUGAUAGGUGUAGGAGAGGUGAGAGUGGGCGGGGUGAAUAGAGAAGGCAGGCUGUCUCUGGUUGGUGGAGAGGUGGAGAGGGGCGGUGCCAAUGUGUCUCUGAUGGAUCAGAUCAGCUGUGUGCACCCCCACUCCCCUCACUACACCUGCCUGGAGGCUCCGCCCUCCCCCCAGUACACCUGUCUGGAACCAGCACCCACCUGGGACUCGAACCUGCAGCACUCCGAGCCCACCGGUCCAGAAGCCCCUCCCUCUCCGCAGUACGCCUGCCUGUCACUCAGACACUAUAGCCAGAGCUCCUCCUCCCUGUAG